AUGAAAAGAACAGUAAGCACUCGUUCUUCUGAAAGACUGUCAAAGAAAGCCAAGUUGGUUAAUGACAGAAUUGAAGAAACACCUGUCAUUGUUCAAAGUGAAGACAUGGACGAUUUCCAAGACCCCAUUCCACUUGUUCGUCGUCGUUCACAACUUACCAGAGCAUCAAGCACCGUGGUUAAACAAGUAUCUGUUGUUGUUGCUCAUGUCGAAUCGAGUCAUUCCGCAGUAACUUUAUCUACCACGCAGGAGGAGGAGGAAGAGGAGCUUGGAACGGAGGUUGAAGACACUCUUUCAUCAACCCAAGUCCAAUCACUGACUACGUGGGAUGAAGAAGUAGAUGAAUUAACAGAAGAAUCAGAUAAUGAAGCAGAAAUUGCCCUUACUUUGGAUGAACCAAUUGAUGAUUUAGUGGUACCCGAUAUAGAGACUACGUCUUCCAAUGAGGAGGAUGAGACAUUAGCGGAGGAUGAGGCACCAGCGGAGGCAGCGGCGGUGGACGAAAUUCAUGUAGAGAGACCUCGCGGGAGGCGCGCACCCAGAUUAUCAGCUUACAAGCGCACUCAAGCCAAAAUUAUAGAGCAACGACCUGAAUUAGCUCAUGUUUGGUCUGACAUUGAGAAUAUUGAGCCUCCUGUCGUGGUUCCUAUUGAACAACCUGAACAAUUACAAUUAACUCUUUUACCUUUUCAAAAGUACGGUGUUGGAUGGAUGAUUCAACAAGAAAAAAUGGAGGCAUUUAAAGGUGGUAUUUUAGCUGAUGAAAUGGGUAUGGGUAAAACCAUUCAAACCAUUGCCUUACUCCUCAGCGAUAAAAAGAAACCAAACCUUGUUAUUGCUCCCACUGUGGCUAUCAUCCAAUGGAAAAAUGAAAUUGAAAAACAUACGAAUAAUGCCUUGAAAGUUUAUCUUCAUCACGGUGCCAAGAAAGCUACAUCCUCUGCCUAUUUAAAGAAAUUCGAUGUUGUUUUAACCACCUAUUCGUUGCUGGAAGCUGCUUUUAGACGUCAAGAACAAGGAUUAAAGAGAAAAGAUGAAUACGGAAAUCCAAUUAUUGUGAGAGAGAAAUCUACAGUUCAUAAGGUUCAAUGGCAUCGCAUUAUUCUUGAUGAAGCUCAUAAUAUCAAGGACAGAUCAAACAAUACUGCAAGAUCAGUGUUUAAUUUAAAAGGUGAAUUUAAAUGGUCUUUGACGGGUACUCCUUUACAAAAUCGCGUUGGAGAAUUAUACUCAUUGAUUCGUUUCAUGCAAGCUGAUCCAUUUGCCUAUUAUUAUUGUAAAAAUUGUCCCUGUAAACAAUUAACCUGGAAAUUCUCUGAUAAAAAAGGCUGUGAUGAUUGUGGUCAUACACCCAUGAGUCAUGUCUGCUGGUGGAAUAACGAAGUAUUGAAACCUAUUCAGAUCCAUGGUUAUGUCGGUGACGGUCGUCUUGCUUUAAGGAAACUUCGCAUGUUAUUAGACAGAAUCAUGUUGAGAAGAACCAAAGUGGAAUGCGCAGAUGAUCUUGGUUUACCUCCUCGUGUGGUGGUUGUACGUCGUGAUAACUUUACCGAGGAGGAACAAGAUGUUUAUACCUCCCUUUAUUCAGAUGUUGCACGUACCUUUACCACCUAUGUUGAAGAAGGUACCGUCUUGAACAAUUAUGCAAAUAUCUUUGAAUUGUUAAUGAAGAUGAGACAAUGCGCGGAUCAUCCUGAUCUUGUGACAAAAAGAAAAAGUGGCAACAAACAAUUAUUGUGUUAUCUUUGUAAUGAUCUCGCAGAGUGCUGUCUUCAAUACUAUGAAAGCUUUGAUGAUUCAGUGGGUAAUAAACCUCGAUGUCCUAGCUGCUACGCUGAAUUCAAUGUGGAUGUAGCGCAAGCCUCAAUGGAAGGAGUAGAAAAUGCCGAAUCCAAUGCCAAUUAUUCCAAGACCAGUAUUAUUAAUCGUAUUGAUAUGGAUCAUUGGCGUAGUUCUACCAAGAUUGAAGCACUUGUGGAGGAACUCACUAAAUUACGUCGUGAAGAUAAAACCAUCAAAAGUAUUGUGUUUUCACAAUUUGUGAAUUUUCUGGAUUUGGUGUAUUGGAGAUUAUCGCGUGCAGGAUUUGAAUGUAUUCGAUUGGAUGGUACCAUGUCUCCUAGUCAAAGAGACGCUGCUAUUCAACAUUUAAAAGCAGGUGGUGUCGCAUUAAAUCUUACAGAAGCCAGUCGUGUAUUUAUCUGUGAUCCAUGGUGGAAUCCCGUAAGUUUUUGUUAG